GAAGCUUCUACUCAUAAGAAGGCUGAAAUUGUUAGGAAAAAGCAAUCAAUCAAUCAAUUUCAGUAAUCUGUGAACCUUUAUUCAUUUUGCAUACGAUACCCUAAUUUUCUAUUCAAGUUCCAUUCUAUAUUCCCUUCUCUCAUAUACAAACAUAUACCCAACAACAAAAUGUCUGCUGAAGGACCCAAACCCCGCAGUCGAGUCUUCUUCGACAUUUCCAUUGGGAAAGAAGCUCAAGGGCGAAUCACAUUCGAAUUGUACAAUGAUAUUACUCCCAAAACUGCAGAAAACUUUCGAGCUCUUUGCACUGGUGAGAAGGGUGUUGGAAAGGCCGGCAAACCUCUCUCCUACAAGGGCUCCGGUUUCCAUCGUGUGAUCAAGCAAUUCAUGAUCCAAGGAGGUGAUUUCACAGCUGGCAACGGAACUGGCGGAGAGAGUAUCUACGGUGUCAAAUUCGACGAUGAGAACUUCGUAGAGAAGCAUGACAGACCUUUCUUACUCUCAAUGGCCAAUGCUGGUCCAGGAACUAACGGAAGUCAAUUCUUCAUUACAACUGUUCCAACUCCUCAUCUCGAUGGCAAACACGUAGUUUUCGGUCAAGUCCUCAGUGGUAAAAAUAUCGUCCGCAAAGUCGAGAACAUGCCCACUCAAAGUGGUGACAAGCCCAACAAGGAAGUCGUCAUCACAGACUGUGGAGAGCUUACUGGCGACGAAGCUGAAUCUGCCGAUACAAAGGUUCCCGAUUCUACUGGCGAUACAUACGAAGACUUCCCAGAAGAUAUGUCCACUCCUCCAACCGCAGAAGAAACCGUCAAAAUCGUUACCGAUCUUAAGACCUACGGAAACGCCGCCUUCAAAGAUAACAAACUCCCUCUCGCCCUCGACAAGUACGAGAAAGGUCUCCGUUACCUCAACGAAGACCCAGAUGUUACGUCCUCUCCAGCCGAAACUUCUUCCACCCUCUCCGCUCUCCGUUUCACCCUCAACAGCAACUCUGCUCUUCUCCACAACAAACUUAAGAAUUUUGCCGAUGCCGAACGUACUGCUAGUGCCGCUCUCGCAGUUUCUGGUACCACUGAUACUGAUAAAGCCAAAGCUCUUUACCGUCGCGCAAUCGCACAUGUAGGACUCAAGAAUGAAGAAGAAGCACUAAAGGAUCUGGAGGAGGCCAACAAAUUGGUUCCUGGCGAUGCGGCUGUUGUAAAGGAAUUAUCAACCGUGAAGAAGAAUGCAUUAGAGAGAGCUAAGAAGGAAAAGGCUGCUUAUAGCAAGUUCUUCGCUUAGUUUGGUGGGUAAUACGUGAUGUUACGGAUGGAUGGAGUGUUUAGGAAGAAAGGAAAGUUGUUUUUAAAAAAAUGCGAUGACAUAUCAUGAAUUAUGGAUGGCGUUGCUGCAACUCUGGUAUGUUUUCUAAUUAUUUUAUGGUACAUAUCGUCUUGGCUCAAUGUAGUGGUCUCGCGCUUCUAGCGUUUAGCGUCUAGCCUCGAUAUUACUUUACUUAGUAACUCUGCGAUAAAAUGAAUAAAUCAACGAAUCCUAUCAUAAUUUCCAAUUGUUUACUAUAUCUCUAUAAUUGACAUACACAGUGUAGUGAUGGAGGUCCAUCUUGAUCUGUUUUCUUUUUGAUAUCUCGGCUCCCUCGUUUCGCUUCCAAUAUUCACUUCAUCCCA